AUGCGACACAUCGUCUGCGUGGUAGCUGUACUGAUGCUGUGUCAGCAUCGGGCUGUAGCUGACUCAAGGUCGUACCAGAAGGGCUACGUUCGAAUCCGAUCAGAGCUGAUGCAGAGGGAUGUGGCAGUGCAUAAAAUAGUCCCCGGCGCAAAGUUAUAUGGGAAUAGUACCAAGGAUAUGAGUUGCAGCAUUUUGAUUAUAGACGUCUUGGACAUAGACGAGAUAAACCAGAUGAUGGCUGUAGUAAUCUAUCUCGAUUUUUGCUGGCACAUUGAAGAGCUCUCCUGGAAUGCCUCAGACUAUCACGACGUAAAAGAGGUCUAUCUAGACAAGGACAGUCUAUGGACGCCAAACCUCGUUGUUGCCAUUGGCGAUCAGACGUCAUUGCGGAUAGAGAUACCAGGCAAGGUCAAAAUCUGGUCUGAUGGAAAAAUCUGCAUGCAAAACCAUCAGCAUAUUUCGUUUCGUUGUAACAUCGAGUUUUUGAAAUACCCUUUCGACACCCAGAAGUGUGGGUUCGGUGUGUUUAAGAUGGAUUUUGAGGCCCCGAACAUCACAAUGGAGCCCAACAACUUUAGCGUGAAGGGGGUGUACGACAUGCACGGCGAGUGGGCGCUGGUCAAUCACAGCCUCUCUACGGUGGUCAACCCUCAGAUCGACGAGUUUCCUCGUUUUGACAUCACGGUGCGACGUCAGUACAUCUAUUACGUCAUCACCAUCAUCCUGCCGAUGGUUCUGACGUCACUGCUCGUGCCGCUCGUGUUUCUUAUCCCAGCGCGCUCAGGAGAGAAAGUGGCCUACAUCGUCGCCAUCUUUACGUCGUGUGCCAUCUUCCUCUCUAUGAUAAGGUAG